UCAAUUAACUCCGCAAUGAAAGCCUUUUGGAUUUGUUUGGCAGUGUUAUGCCCAACAUUUUUAAAGUGCAAUGGAAAGGAUAUAACGUACACUUUUAAUACGUCUACUGUUACAAGUUUAACUGACGAAGUGGCCAUCCCAGAGGACACCGGCUACAUUGGUAAUACAACGGAACCUCUUACCUACUGUCCACAGGCAUUUGGUGUUGAAGGAAUCUUCGAAAUUACUCUUCCUGGUCUCGACCCGUUCCCCGUCCUAUGCGAUGCUCAAAUCGCAGGAGCAGGAUAUACAGUAAUCGCAAGUCGAUCCAAUGUUGAACUCAAUUUUUUUAGAAACUGGACGGAAUACAAACGAGGAUUUGGAUACCUUUCGGGAGAUUUCUUUAUAGGUCUCGACAAACUGCAUGCAAUCACGAAAUCACAGACCUAUGAGUUGUACGUUCAUUUUGAGGAUUUUGAAGGAAACACUCGAUUCGCCCGAUACGACGAAUUUUAUAUUGAAAAUGAAAAUGAAUUGUUUAAGAUGAGCAAAUUAGGAACAUAUACCGGAGACGCGGGAGACUCGUUGAGUUACCACAAGAAUAACAAGUUUUCCACAUAUGAUAACGACAAUGAUGGAUUCGAAAAUACAAAUUGUGCAUUGGACCGACUUGGUGCUUGGUGGUAUAGAUCUUGCACCGAUAGCAAUCUCUUUGGAACCUAUUACUUCAAGGAAACUGCAUCGUAUGCCAGCGGAAUAGUAUGGUACGGUUGGCGUGGAUCAAGGUACUCAUACAAGACCAUGAAAAUGAUGCUGCGACCCACAAGUGUGUUAAGCUGUUCGGAAUGUAUUUUGUGGAGAAAUCUGUGAUUCUUUAACCAUGAAAAUGUUAUUGCGGUCAAAAUGUAUCUGUUCAUAGUACAACAAACUGCAAUCAUUGAUUGACAAAUAAUAUGUCGAUUGCACUUAUAAAAUAAACAUUAGUCCGAUUUUA